AUGGAUUUCAAACACCAGGAAGAGAAGCCACUCCGAACUGACUCGUUUAGAAUACAGGAGCCUAGAUGCAGAACAGCUCCGCAGGGAAAAUUCGUAAGCAGAAGUGUGAUCGCUACAGUGCUUGCACUGAUUAUAGUGCUCAUUAUUUUAGUCAUUGUCCUGGGAUCUUUGCUCGGCAAAGAAAGAUGUUCUAAGGAGGAGAAGUUUAAAGGCGAGUCUUGAUUAUGUUGUUAUGAAGAAUAAGUAUAUUGUGUUCUGCAUGUCGCGAAUCCAUGCCAGCCGCAGUUGUACUGAUACUGACUUAGUUUAUUUGAUUAAAGAAAUGAGAGGGUGAGCUUUGGUCGUCUGUGUAGUUAGAAACAGAAAAUUUCUUAGGUUUUACAGCUGAAACGUCACCUUAUAAUUCUUAAUUAACGUUUAACAUAUAAGGGUGAGUUUUUGAAAGAAAUGAUGAUCUACCAAAGAUCAAACCAAACGAAAAUUGUGCAUGCUAAGAAUGUAUUAUCAGCUGAUAAUUAUCUUUCUAAGUAUUUGGCAUUGUUCUGCGUUCUCUCACACUGUUAACUUCCCUGCCCUACUUUUUGUACAAAGGCCUUUUUCACAAAAUAAUUAAACAUGAUACGGUAACAAUACGAUUUUAUACUAAGCAUUAGCGAUGAGAGAUCAGUGAGAUAUUCUCGCUUCAUCAAUGAAAUAAAGGGCGAACAAAAGUUACCUUCUGUUCUUAAGUUAUGCAUAGAAAUAUCAUUUUGCUUGACAAAGAAGUUCAGUUUGUGAAUUGAUUAUUUCUUGUUGCUUUUGGCAAAGAUGAUAACAGAGGAAGUCACCGAUUAAUUUUGUACGAUGUUUGCAUUUUGUAAAAGUUGGCUGCGAAGAGAUAGUUACGAAACAAAGCUAGGCUGUAUGUUUGUGAUUCGUAUAAGACAGUUUUUAAAGCCAGAGGGUGAAUCAGUACUCAGAUGGCACAAUCAUGGCGUCGAGAGAAAACAUAUUGGUCAAGUAAAAUUGCAUAUAUCAUAAAUUUAAACAUACAUUAGGAAGGGUCUGUUUUGGUUGUAAUGUUAAAACAAACGCAAAGGGCGGUUACAGUCGAUUGAAAAUAAUGGUCAGUGCAUCCAAGGCUUGGAGUGGUGCGCUGUGUAUAAUUUACUGUCAUUAAAGAUUGCAUAAUCAGACGAUUUAAUAUAUUGUGCUUUACUUUUUAAAACGGGCUUCCUGCAUGUUUACGUCGGAAUAUCCAAUUUUACGCCCAAGGGGAAGCACGAUGGUGAAUUUUGAGAGGAAGGGCUCCAGAAUCAUUGAAAACUUCAUGAAAACAAAAAGGAAUGUGGCAAUGAUCUAUGAGAAUUUUGAAAUUAACUUUUACAAAGUGAAUUAAUCAUACACAACAGCUAUUUCUUUAUCAGUAGUUUUCAUGUGACCUUUUAUUCAUCACCAAUUCACAUUUUAUUUACAGGAACGAUAAGUCCCGAAACCACAUUUCCAACGACAGUCCAUAGUCCUACAACACGUGGGAAUGGCAUUUGGUGGAAUGUACGCCUCCCAAAACAUAUCACACCCAAACAUUACGAUGUUAUAAUUUUCGUUGAUCUGAAGAAGUUCUUAUUCAACGGUAAAGUCUCUAUCUUAAUUGACGUGAAACAAUCAACGGACUAUAUUUUGGUUCAUACCAACCAGCUGGAAGUGAUGUCAGUCACUGUCCGGCGGUCUUCUGGUGGUAAGUAAGUUUUUGUUGUUUUUGUUCCAUUACGAGGGCAUAUGGUAAAAUAUGGACUGGACCUUAAACGCGAUAUUUUCAACAGAAAUCGAAGUCCAGUGUUCACGUGGCAGUUUCGCUUUCGCAUGACGACAAAAAUGAAGAACAACCAAAAAGUCAGUCGAAAAACCGAUGGAGAUAAUUUGUACGAUCGAGUAAAAGCUCCAUUAGCAAGUAGUGUUUACUAUUACAUCCACCUCACACCUCUCCCUGCCUAGCAAUAGUCCUUCUCUCACCCCUCCCUGAGUAAUAACACUCUGCCUUCCACCCCUCCCUCAGUACUAGUAGACUGCAUCCCGCCCCUCCCUGAGUACUAAUGGUGUGCUUCCCCCCUAUAAAAUGGUCCAAAAAAUGGUCCAAAAAAUAGUCCAAAAAAUGGUCCAAAAAAUAGUCCAGAAAUGGUCCAAAAAAUGGUCCAGUCCAUAUUUUACCCUAUGCCCAUUACGAGGCGAUAGUACAGCGGCUGAUUAAACUGAUUAAGAGAUUAUAAACUAUAUUAAAGUUCACACGGCAACCAGGUGGACAAUCAGACAUAGUUUGAAGCUACACUGGUUUGCAGAUUUAAUGAAUGUAACCGAAGAAGUUACAAUUCAUAGACCCAACGUUUCGACACUCCUGUCUAGUGCCUUCAUCAGGGGUGAUCUAAACGCUGCAACAAGAGGUCCUUUUAUAUGAUCACUAAUUAGCGGCCUUUUUUCUGACGAGGUAUAAAUAGGCGUCAGGAAGCAGACCGCCAUCGUCACGAUUUAAAGAGAAUUUUGAAUAGCCACAACGUUAAAGUUGCUCAAAAACCUUUUCAGACUUUGGGGCAUAUUUUCGCCAAACCUAAGGAUCCUGUCACGAAAGAACAACGAACCGACGCCAUUUAUUCUAUUCCUUGCAAUGACUGUGUCAACGAAUACAUCGGACAGACCAAACGCCAGUUUGGUACACGGUUAAAAGAGCACCAAAAAGCGGUUUUUCUUUGCAAAAAGGAAAAUUCAGCUUUAUCGGAGCAUACUUGCCUAACCAACCAUACAAUUGGGUGGGAUAAUUCUAAAAUUAUCACCACUAAUCGGCAUUACCACCAGCGCCUUUGUUUGGAGGCUUGGCACAUUAACUCCGCCCACGCUCCUUUAAAUCGUGACGAUGGCGGUCUGCUUCCUGACGCCUAUUUACACCUCGUCAGAAAAAAGGCCGCUAAUUAGUGAUCAUAUAAAAGGACCUCUUGUUGCAGCGUUUAGAUCACCCCUGAUGAAGGCACUAGACAGGAGUGUCGAAACGUUGGGUCUAUGAAUUGUAACUUCUUCGGUUACAUUCAUUAAAUCUGCAAACCAGUGUAGCUUCAAACUAUGUCAGAUUAUAAACUUAUAAUCUUUUGAACUGAGUUGUUCAGUCUGGCUUUUUAUUUUCAAUAAAGUUGUUAAUUUUAUUAAAUCAGAUUGUUAAAAGAAUCACUUAAUUGCUUUUGUAGAUUUAGCUAAUAAACAUAUUUGAAAUUAAGUGAACCAUUUAUUUGACUGAAGAAUGACCUUGCAUGUUGUCUUUUCAGGAGAAUUUAGAGUCAUGAAUCAAUUCUGGUUUGAGAUUAAUCAGUUCUACGUUAUCCAGCUGAACGGCUGGUUACAUCCAGAUGAAUAUGUCGUGACUAUAGAGUAUGAAUCUGACCUAAGAGAAGAAUUGGAAGGAUUCUACCGAAUGACGUACAAGCAGAAAGACGGAACUAUAGUGUAAGAACAAAUUUUGUUUGCUUAUAAACUGCUUUAGGACUGAAGCACAUCGUUGAGUGUGUGGGAAGCUCUUGAAAAAUAAUCAGAAGAUCCAAUAUACACAGUUAACAAAUAGGAAAACACGUUGCGAUGUAUAGGACUGAAAGAUCAGGGUGCAGUUUUAUAAGGAGUUGCAAACAUUUUGAUUUCGAAUGCAGAGAAGAUUUGAGGACAACCUCUUCUUGCAUUUAAAGAUUUGUAGACCUACUCCUCCCUGUCUGCUCGGAAAAACAGUCAGUUCACGCACUUUGAUCUUCUGUGGAUAAUUACUGCAUGACGAAAAUUUUUUGUUAACAGCCAUAUUCGUUGAACGACCUUGUAUAGGUUGAUGGGCUAUUAAUCAAAGUCCACCAUUUAUUGUAGUCCUGUGGCUGUUACCCAGUUCUCCCCAUCACAUGCACGUAAAGCAUUUCCGUGUUUUGAUGAACCAGCAAUGAAAGCAACGUUCAAUGUGACCAUCGCUCAUGACCCUGAUUUGACUGCUAUCUCAAAUAUGCCUGUUUACCAUAAUGAGGUGACAGACGGAUGGAAAUACGAUCACUUCGAGAAGUCAGUCGUCAUGUCCACCUAUCUAGUGGCUUUUGCUGUCUGUGAUUUUAAACACACUGAAUUCACAUUGACCAAAGAUGGAAAGACGGUAUGUUAUUAAUAACAAGUAUAGUAUUGAGGUGCAAGAGGAUGGACUAAAACUAAAAGAAAUGAUAUGAUCCUAGCCAGAGAUAUAUAGAUGUUGAUAAAGAUAAAACUAAUCAAGGCGAACAAAACAGUGUUAGGAUUCUUAUUUAUCGAUCUUUUUACCACCGUGAUAUGUAUCAUGCCUACCUGACACAAAAACGAUAACUGGGUGUUUUUACACCUAAACCUCACCUCUAGUCUCACAGGUAAAUUAAAAAAGCUUUAUGGUGACCAUGUCAGUUUUAUCUUCUCCAUCUGUUUAGGUGCGGAUGUAUGCUCCUGCGGAGCAGAUUGAUCAAGUGGAAUACGCUUCUCAAAUCACAGAUAAACUUUUUAGUUUUUUCGAAGAAUAUUUCCAAAUACCAUAUGCGUUGCCAAAAACAGGUAAGUCAGCAGUAUGAAGGAGACUGGCUCAACUUGUAACUUCGGGAUGGAAAACAAGGGAGAUAAAAAGAUUAAUCAGAUCUUCCCAGCUGUUACUGACUCGGCUGAAUAAAGCUGAGUACAUUGAAAGAAGGACCAGUCAAAGCCACUAAUCUAUGCACUAUUAAGGAAUUCUUGAAGUUUUACUUUGAACUAGAAUUACUCAUUAUUUGUCUUUCAUACUCUGAUUCUGAGAACGUUGUUGAUAACCCAAUUAGUAUUUCAAGAGCUCUUGAAUGCUUGACAGAUAUGAUUGCUAUUCCAAAUUUCAUUCAUGGCGCAAUGGAGAAUUGGGGACUCAUAACCUACAGAGACUGGAAUCUACUCUUCAAACCAAAUGUAUCCUCAGCAGACAAUAAACAGAGAGUUGCCGAAGUCAUAUCCCAUGAAAUCGCUCAUCAGGUAUUUUGAAUGAAGUGACUCAGUCAUAACAUUUAUUCUUCUUGCAACUGUCACUGAUAAUUUUUAUUACAGUAAAGCGAGCGAGUGCUAAACAUGACCAAGAAGCUAAGGGCCAACAAAUCCGCCAGGCACUGUGGUGCUCCUGUGGUGCUCCUGUGGUGCUCCUGUGGUACUCCUGUGGUACUGGUUAAACGAAUAACAUUGCAAGGAACAAUUCAGGAAAAAAUACCUGGUUUUUGAUUGUUAUUAUUUUUACUAUUUGGAAUGACAUUAAAUCAUACGGAUUUAUUUUCAGUGGUUUGGAAAUCUUGUCACAAUGGAAUGGUGGGAUGAUUUUUGGCUGAAUGAAGGAUUUGCCAGUUUUAUGGAAUUUUCUGCUACGGAUUUUAUUCAUCCAGAGUGGAAAAUAGUAAGUUAUCAAGAAACCUUGAAAGAUGUUUACGUGAAUUUUUUACCUAGAAAUGCUCUGCUGAAAUAUUUUUCAGGACGAUCAACUAGUUGUAACCGAUAUGUCAACAGCAUUCGCAGCGGAUGGCUUGGCAAAUUCACAUCCAAUCAGAAUUCCUAUAACGAGACCUGAAGAGAUCACUAAGAUUUUUGACUCCAUCACUUAUGAAAAGGUAUGCAUGCAUUUGUUUGUAAAAAGAUCUUCCAAAGUAAGUAAGCGAGGAAUUACUCGUGUGUAGACGUGAAAUUAAGAUCCAUUUUGAAACAACUGGUUUUUAUUGUAAUUAGGUAACGUUUUGAAGUAUGUCGAAACAACUUAUCGCUUUUAGGGCGCAUGUAUCCUACGUAUGUUGGAGGCUUAUCUUGGAAAAGAAGUUUUUAGGAGAGGAUUGAAGGUAAGGAAAGGAUCUUUACGCCGUUGAAGUGAGACUUUGGUUUAGAGAUUUUGCUAUUUAUUUUCAAAGUAAUUAACCGGUAGUUGUUGGUUUAGUUCUAGAGGAAGUUUUUAAAUUAUGUUUACUUCAGUCCAGUUACAUACCAUGACAUACCUUUGAUUUAUAUUUUUCAGCGUUAUUUAAAAAGAUUCGAGUACGCCAAUGCCAAUACGAUGAAAUUAUGGGCUGCACUCAGAGAGGUUUGUACACCCACUUGGUUUAUCAAUAGCUUGCGUAAACAUGAACUGAGUUUUGACAGAAUUAAUACGGCCUCGGGUGGUACUCAAGACCUCAAGCACAGUUUUUCCCAAUACGGACCUCCCGGCUGGCGAAUUACAUAAAUUUACUUUGGCCGAAACAUUUUACUAGCCGACCCAUGGAAGAUUUUCUGUAUAGUGCCAGACCCUUGACGGCGGAUAUUCUGUUCACCUCAAACGUUUGAAUCUCAAAUUUUCAGUCUGGAAGAGAGUCGAAUUUUGUUCUGCAAGUCAGAAUGAAAUAUACUUCAUUAUGAAAUAAUAAUUACUCGGUCAAUAUGGCGAGGCCUUACUUUGAGAUUUUCCCGUAACCGGACUUUACAUGCGGUAAUUGAGUAGUUAGCACCAAAGGAGGUCUUCCUAAAAAAAAUUUAUAUCAAUAAUUGUCGUGUAUUAGGGUUCGAGGUACUAGUAUAGAGUAAUGCGUGAAUCAGACUAAGUGCUCAACACGACUGCUUUAUUAGAAUGUAAAGAAUCUAGUCAUAUACAAUUAUGGGGCGCCAAACCAGUCAAUAUUCCCUCUUUAUUUCUGCGACCCAGUUUACUUUUUACGUGGUCAUUUCGACUUUUUAUACGGUCAACUUUUUACUUUUUAUAUGGUCAACUCGACUUUUUAUAUGGUCAAAUUUAAGAAAAUAGACAAUACUUUUUAAAAACUUGUUUCGACAGUUCUUCUCUCAUCUUCAGUUCUGAUUUUACAAAGUACAAAGUUGAAUUUAAAGUGUAUAACAAAAUGCUGAUUGGACAAAACAAACAAUAGUAUCAGAAAAACGUGUGCAAUUGCAAGGAAAGUUUCAAAUUAAUAUGAUAAAGUUGACGGUUAGUGUAGGUUGCUCGCAUCGAAUGUGGAUAGCUUCUUUGAUUUUAAUUUGGAAAGUUGUGGAAGCGUGAUCUAAGAUGCUGAACAUCCGAUGAACGUACGAAAUUCAUACGAUGGAGGUUAAUAACUCAUGCGUGUGUUAAUGGAUAUUCCCGAAUUAUAAUUUAAGCCCACUGCUGCAAUAAGAACAAAGCUGAUACAGUACUGGAACAAUUUGUUAGAGGUAUCAACAGUUAUGGAUUGUCUACUAGGGUGAGAAGUGAUUAUGGUAUGGAAAAUUUCAAAUUAGCAGAGUUUAUGCAAGAGCAGAGAGGUGUUGACAGAGGUAGCAUUAUAACUGGUAGCUCUGUGCACAACUGUCGUGUAGACAGGUCACAUAGAGAUAUUUACUCAGGAGUACUUUUCUUUUUUGCUAGAACAUUUUCUCGCUCAGGGGAUUAUGAGCUACUGCAUGUAGUAAAUGAUUUGCAUGCAUUUGCAUGGCAUUACGCCUUCAUCCCCAGAAUCAGUGAGUGCUUACAGGAAUUCAAGGGCCAGUGGGAAAAUCAUCCAAUUUAUUCUGAAGGAAAUCUUUCUCCUAUUCAAUUAUAUACAGCUGGAAUGCUUGAAAAUGAACGCUCUGGAUAUGCUGCAGUAGAAAGUGUGUUUGAUGCUUGUAGUAGGCAUGAUUACGGAUUUGACCCCUCUGCCCCUGUCCCUCUGGAAGAAGAAGACUAUCAGGUAGUAGUUCCAGAUACAAGUGUUCCACUUUCUGAUCAGCAGAUUGCAUUCGCAGAAAAUCAUUGCAACCCCUUGCAAGAAAAUGACAGAAGUGGUGAAUAUACACACUUAAUUCGUUUAAGAAUUUUUUGUUCUUUGAUUUCACAGGAUAUACAUAUAUAUCUACUGAACUGACUUAAGUUGCAAACUUGUAUUUUGUAUUGAAAAAUCACCAUAGAGGCUAUAAACUUCACAAAACAUUAUGCUUUUUAUUGCUCUUUAUGUUUUCAAAAGAGAACUUUGAAUAGUUUUGAACCUCAUUGUAUUUUAAUAAAUCUAACUGACUGAAAGAAAUUAACAUAAUUUCCAUCUAUAAGUUUUUCUGAAAAAAUUCACACUAAGCAGCCUUGAUAACACAACGAGAUGAAAAUGUAAAAAUGAGUGUGUCGUAAGCAAGCACACCCAUUCUUGUAAUGACGUAGCUCAACAGAAAAUUACUCCGUAACUGAACAGUCUGAGAGCAAACAAAGCUCAGCAAGACGCACAUAUACCAUAGUAAGACCACUUUAUGGUGUACAUUUAUGCUAUUUGUUCACACUAUAUUCAUCUCCCAAGUAUCUGAAUUCAAAAUGGCCAUGAAUUCUAAAAAGCUAGCACAUGUGCUGGGCGCCUCUAAAGUGUAGCUACAGCUGUGGAAAAUAGGCUUCUCUGUAGACCUUUACUGUUGAUGAAUGAUAUUGUCAACCUGUCAGUGACAAGAACAUCAGAUGUAGUUGUAAAUCUCAAACAUUUGGUAGUCUUAGCUUAGUCAAGCCCUCUAAUGAAUCUCUUUAAGUGGGCCAGUGUUUCUGUCUCAGCUGUUGUAGCCGGACUGGCUUCAAGUGGGCCACUAACUUUAACAUUACUUGGUGUGAUGAAAGAAUACAAUCGAUGUAAUGAUUUUAUACAUCUAGGAAAUAAAUCCUGAGGUGAGCAAGAAUUGGCUGCCAGCAGUCACUCACAUAUUGGGUUUUUUGCUCUAUCUCCUUGUCAGCAGUCUCUCUCAUGAUUUCUAUUAAGUUCUUCUUGAAUUUUUGCCUUACAAUAAUUGUACAUGAACUUUCAAUAUUAAUAUAAUUUUUACUAUUAGUUACUUAUCUCAUCGAGCAGGAGGAACCAAAAACAAGUUACCUUGAGUAUUCAAAAAAAAUAUCCUCACUUGAAAGUUGACUUUGAAGCUGACGUGACUUGGUAGUUGCUUUGUAUUAUUUGAACCCGUCGAAGUUCGUUUUCUAGUUGUAGUUGCCACACGUGCGUCGAAAGUUAGAAAUCAGUGUGAGAGCUCUGCUGCAAUCGAAGAACUUGAUGAUGGGACAGAGGAAGUCGAAGUUCUCUUAGUAGCUGUCAACGCUGCCACGUUUCUAAUGUUAUCAUUGUGAAGAUUUUCGAUGGCUUUGAGAGUGUGCUUAGCUAUGGCACACGCCAAGGAGAUAUGCUGCACGUCUUCGUUGUUGGCAGCCAUUUUAUUCGAGUCUAAGAGUAAUGCAGUGUGGAGGUCACAAAGCUGACCAUGUAAAAAGUAUCAAUUUGACCAAAUAAAAAGUCGCGUUGACCAUACAAAAAGUAAAAAGUUUAUCAUAUGGAAAGAGGAGUUGAUCAAGUUAAAAGUUCAACCGACCAUAUAAAAAGAAAAGUUAAUCAUAUAAAUGGUCGAGUUGGCCAUGAAAAAAGUUCAACUGAUCAUAUAAAAAGUAUAAAAGGUUAAUCAUAUAAAAAGUCGAGUGGACCGUGUAAGAAGUUCAACUGACUAUAUAAAAAGUAAGGGUUGAUCAUACAAAAAGUCGAGUUGACCAUAUAAAAAAGUAAACUGGGCCACAAAAAUACAAAGGGAAUAUUGACUGGUUUGGCCCUCCAUAUACAAGGAUAAUCACGUGGUUACGUUCAAGGGUGUGCUAACCAGCUGUAAUCCAGCCUCGUGGCUGCAAUUGGUAUUAAUAAACAAACUACAACUACAACCAAUAAAAUACAUAAUGAUUUUAGAUGUAUGAAAUUAAUUUAUUUGCACUGCGGUGAAGAAACGAACUUAAGAGAUCCUCGCAGCUAAGAACACUACUGAACUAGUAGUUGAAAAUAGGGCCUAAAAAAAAAAUUUAGGCCCGCACGGGAUUUGAACCUAUGACCUCUGCGAUACCGGUGCAGCGCUCCACCAACUGAGCUAACAAGCCAACUGGGAACUGGGUCCAAAUAAACCAUCCAAGUGAUGAAUAAUGAUUUUAGAUAUAUGAAAUUCAUAUAUUUGUGAAAUACUCGGUAAAAUACAGAUUAUUUUAUAGCUAAGGUAUUAAGAAACACGACAGUAAUGUAUAUAGAACAAAAAUACAAGAAUUGAGCACAAGAUAUAAAACAUUCGAAAAACAUUGCGGGGUCGAUUAUAUAUUUAAUUAUUUAUUUAGUUAAGAAAAAAACCUUGAAUCUUUUGAACAAACAAAACAGAAUAAAGGAUCCCGUGUACUUGAUAUCGCGAAGAAGGCUAGUGAAUUUCCUUGCUCCUAUUUUAUUUAAAAGAUAAACUGUUUCGAAUCUUACGGCCUGUAAUUCAAAUACUAAAUACAUACUGACAUAAGCUAAUUAAAGAUAAUUGCUUAGAUGUUUGUUCUUUGUAACCAUUGAUUGUGACAGGAGAGCUGUUAUCAGGGGAACUGUGUGGAUGUUGAUCACAUGAUGAACACGUGGACACUUCAAAUGGGUUAUCCUGUAAUCAAUAUCCGACAUUCUACAGGCGACCAAUAUUUAGUUUCUCAAGAAAGGUUUCUCUACCAUACUGAUGCAAACAUCACAGCUGAGUAUAGAUCACCGUACAAGUGAGUACAGUGCCAAAUAAAGGAUAUCUGUUGACGCUGGAGCAGAAGCGUUGAUCUUCUUUGUCGCGUUGUUUCCUGUACUUUUCACGGAAACCGUGUGUAAUUUACGGAAACCGGAGACCGUGAAUAUGCAGCCACAUCUUUAUUUUCCAUUAAAUCACAAAUGAGUUUUAUUAAAGUCAUUAUUUGCUUUAUCUAUUUUAAUAUUCAAUUCACCGCACACAUGUUGUCUCCACAGUUAUAAAUGGUUUAUACCAUUUACGUAUGUCACUUCCUCAACGCCAAAUAAAGUCAUUCUGAAAGACAUCAAUAUGACGUCAGGUAAAGAAUGAUACUUCUUUUGUAAAAUUAUGGUUUCUUAAAAAUUAUCAAAAUUGGGUUAAAUAACCAGAAGUCAGGUCUACCUGUGCUUCAUCUUUGAUAAACUUUGAAAAAUCAUAGGAACAAUAACGUGGACUCCACGGAAUGGAAGAGGUUGGAUAAAAGGAAAUGUUGGCCAGAAAGGAUUCUUUAGGGUUAACUAUGACGAUAAGAACUGGGAUGCUUUGGCUCAAGCUCUGAGGACUGACCACAAGGUAAGUUAGACAGUUUAUCAUUGACUCAAAAGACGGUAACUCAGUUAUUCAGUUUGUCAUUGAGUCAAGAGACAGUCACUCAGUGAGUCAGUUUGUUAUUAGGUCAAAAGACAGUCACUCAGUGAGUGAGUUUGUUAUUCGGUCAAAAGACAGUCACUCAGUGAGUCAGUUUGUUAUUCAGUCAAAAGACAGUCACUCGAUUAUUCAGUUUGUUAUUCAGUCAAAAGACUGUAAGUCAGUUUGUCAUUCAGUCAAAAGACAGUCAGUGAUUCAGUUUGUCUUUCAAUCAAAAGACAGACACCAAGUUAUUCAGUUUGUCAUUCAAUCAAAAGACUGUAAGUCAGUUUGUCAUUCAUUCAAAAGACUAAGUCAGUUUGUCAUUCAGGCAAAAGACAGACAAUAAGUAAGCCAUUUUUUCAUUUAGUCAAAAGAUAGUUACACAGUUUUUCAGUUUUUCAUUCAGUCAAAUGACAGUCACAGUUUGUCAUUCAGUCAAAAGACAGACAUCAAGUUAUUCAAUUUGUAAUUCAGUUAAAAGACAGUCAAUCAGGAAGUAAGUCAAGUGGCCAGUCAAUGAGUCGGCCACUCAGUUAGUCUGUCAGAUAAUCAUUUAUUCAGAUAAUGGGCAGACAGACAGUCAUUCAUUCAGUCAACCACCUUGGGCUUUAGCUUGGUUGACUCAUCGUUAUUUAGUAAGUCAUUGAUUUUAGUCAGUCAGAUAAUCAGUUAUUUAGUCGUUCUGAGAGUUAAUUAGUUAGUUAUAUAGUCAGCCAGUCAGGAAGUUGGUCGCUCGGACGAUUCAGUAUUAUUCAGUAGGGCAUUCAUACAGUCAGUCAGUUUUUUGAAAUUGCAAAUCAAACCUCAGUAAAAAGAGUGCGCCUUUGUAAAAGUUACUUUUGUUUUUUUGUGUUUUAGUUAUUGAAUAUUUCGGACCGGGGAGGUGUUAUAGAUGAUGCGUUUGAACUGGCUAGGUGGGUUUGUAAAGUGAUACUUAUAAUUUUAUUUUACAACUCAAUAGGCUUUUACAACACAAUUGUGAAAUACGGGCUCUCUAGAUUACAGAUUGAAAAGCACACAUCCGUAUGGGUGUCUUGGUUAAGCGGUACUGUGACGUACGAUAACUAAAUGUUCUCCAACGAAGGGCCUGCGCUCGCAACAUCAGCUUUUCAAAACCCCUUUGGAGAUAGAUUGGUUUACCUUUAUCGAUCAACUCCUCUGUUUGUAGUAAAUAAGUGGAUUUCAGAAUGCUUCUGGAAAUAGUUCAUUAUCCUUGCUGAGUCGGUUAGACCUCUCAUCUUGAUGGCACCCGUAGCUGAAGGAUGAUAAUUUUCAAAUCGAUUGUAUUACAGGUUUUACUUAGUGUCAUCUAAAAAAGGUCUUUCAAUUAUUUACUAAGGAGUGAAAAACUUAACUACACUAAGGCAUUGGAAUUAACGUCAUUUCUACGUGCUGAAGAAGAAUAUGUUCCCUGGCAAACGGCCUUGAAGAGCUUCAAUUUUAUAAAAAGUCUUUUAAUUCCACCCAGACCAGCAUACAAAUACUUGCAGGUUAGUUGCGUAAACUAUCUAUAACAAAGACAGUAUGCAGAAUGAAUAAGCCUACAAAACACACUUGGCUGUGUUUGUGUCUAAUUUCAACUCUGCUGAUCUGAUGUGGUAUGCGUGGAGCAUGUAAUUUACACCUUUUGCUGUUCAUUACGAGAAAAUACGCAUUACGAAAAUACGAACAAUUGCGUGCAAAUACCUUCACUAACGGCAAAAAACGAUUAUUUGCGCGUAAAUCAGAUUCAAUAACCUUUUUUUCAUUUUAAUCAGCAUUCAAUAACAAUUUUGGGCAUUCUUAUGCGUCAUUCGUCAAACAAAAGAGAAAAAUAUAUUUUCAUUUGCGCUAGCAUUCAAGUCAUUUACACCAUCUUGAAAUUCAAGAGAGACAAGACACAAACAAUAUAGUGCAGAAACCCUUUAUUAACAUUUUUAUCCCACUGUUUGCAAUUCAGUAGCAUUCCUGGAUGGCCUAAGUAUGAAUAAGACAGUCAUUAAUGCACUUUUACAAACAAUUCAGUGUUUUUUAUAUUCAAUAUGCAAGUAGUGAUUUUCGACCGAACACCGAUUUUGCCAGAACUUGCAUUCAGUAAAUUUCGUCCCCUUCAUUCGCUUUGCAUCCACAGCCAAAAUGCCACGAAGAAAUCGAAUAUCACUCGAACACAGAGAGAGAGAAUCGUGAGAGAAUUUGAGGACGAGGAGGAAGAUUAUCUUGUGAUCGCGGACACGCUUGGAGUGAACCGAUCAACGGCAAGAUGCAUUGUGGAGCGCUACAUCAGAGAGGGCAGGAUCCAGGAAAGACCAUGAGGAGGUAGAAACAACGUGCGCGUGGACGAAGAGAUGAGAGCUUGUCUAGAGGAAAUCAUAAAAGAGAACCGUUUACUUACACUUGCUCGGAUAAACAAUGAACUGAGGAGACGGCUGCCACUAAAACCUCAGAUCCAUGACCUCACAGAGGCAAGGACAUUAGACGGGAUGCUUUCCCGAGUGAAACGUACGAGGCCCCUCCCCGCGGACAGAAACAGACCUGAUGUGAUGAACAAGCGAGUGGAUUACGCCACCUGGUUUAUGAACCAUGCCGUAGUGCGCCACUGCAUGUUUUUCGACGAAUGCGGCUACAACAUCUGGACGGCCAAAAGCCACGGUAGAGCGCGGCAAGGAGAGAGGGCGUACCGUCAAGUGUGCGGCCAGCGAGGACGAAACUUGACCGUGACAAUGGAAAUUUCGCCAAUCAAUGGACUUGUGUUUCCUCAGCAGCUGUUGGCGGAAUGAAUGCUGCACGUUUCGAUAACUUCCUGGCAUAGGCGAGGACAAAUCUAGAUCCCGACGAGGAGGUGAUCUUUGUGUAUGACGAAGCACCGGCCCACCGAAGCCCGGUCAUUCCCUCCCCAAACACAGACCUUAAAAUGUUUCCUCCCUACAGUCCUUUCCUAAACAUCGUGGAGCAGGCAAUAAGCUGUCUGAAAGCGGCGAUCAAGGCUGACAUCUGGCGUCCGAAAAUUUAAAGGCGCAUGGAUAACAGAGAUGAGGCCAGAGCCAAAGGAAUCCCACUGGGGGAGUUUCGAACACAAUAACUGCUUGAAGCUCUGCACAGAAACAUCGACACUGUGACUGCGGCUAAAAGUGCGCAAUGGUACCGCUUUAUGCAGACCUAUCUGCCAAAAUGUUGAAUAGAGAGAUUAUUGAAGGGUAAACUGAAAUUCAAAAUGAGAUAACUUUGGAAUAGGUAUUUUUCAAUUAGAAUUCGAUGUUUGAAUAUUGAAAAUAAAAAACGGUUGAUUGUUUGUACAAGAGCAUAAAUGAUUGUCUUAUUCACACUAAUGCUGUCCAAAAAUGUUAUUGAAUUGCAAACAGUGUGAUAAAAAUGUUAAUGAAUGGUUUAUGCACUAUAUUGAGUAUGUGUUGUCUCUAUUGAAUUUCAUUGAAUUUCAUUGAAUGUUAGCGCAAAUGAAAGUACAUUUUUCUCUUUUGCUUGACGAAUGACGCCUAAGAAUGCCUAAAAUUGUUGUUGAAUGCUGAUUAAAAUGCAAAAUCGUUAAUAAAUCUGAUUUACGUGCAAAUGAUGGUUUUUUGUCUCUAACGAUUGUAUUUUCACGCAAUUGUUAGCCUCUUAACGCAAAUGAAGGCGUAUUUUCUCGUAAUGAACAGGAAAAGGUGUAUUAGGGAGCUUGUAUCUGCGAGAUAUUUGCCAAGGACUGAAGUUUUUGAGGUCUUUUGGUCAACUUUGGUUCAAAACUGAUCACUAGAAUUAUUUUUUUCGAUUCAUCGAUCGCCCUUUUCGUCCACCAUGGAAAUUUUUCAACUUCAUCAAUCCAACCCUUGUGUUUUCAGAUGACUAAUUUUCUAAACUGAGGUUAUCACUGAAACGAAAGUUCACUCUCCUAACAAGUUUUAUAUCAUUGUUGAAUCUCACAGAAAUACCUUGUCUAUCAAGCAGAACCAAUCUACAAAAGACUUGGAUUUACUGAUCAAGGUUCUCACCUAGAAACGUAAGCAUAUAAGUCAAGAACGUAAUGUUUAAAAUCAUCUUGUAGUAAUACCUUAAUUUUCUUUUUGCCUUAUGUCAGUUUCCUGCGACCAGCUAUCUUGGAAAUUGUUUGCGAUGCAAAAGAUAAAGCCUGCCGAGCUAAUGCCUCGAAAUACUUUCGUGAUUGGAUGAGAGAUCCAGUCAAGAACCGGUAAGUAAGAGCCAGUGAAUUUCUCCGCAGUAGUAGGUGUUUUUGCUGUAAAUGUGGAUACUGAAUGGGUACUUUUUUGUGGCCUGUUGGCUCAAAGCUCAAUAACCAUCCAUUGCACAGGAGAUAAUAGCAUCGAAGACGGGACUUGAGUUAACGGAGGAAAAGGAGCUUGGAAAAGGUUUUUAAAUUCUUCAGUGGGGAAACGAAUCGAAUACUAAUUACAGGAAAGAAAACAGUUCCUUGAAGGUGUUAUUAUGAGGACGAACUUUAUUAUGAUUGAACGUGCUUCCUGUGCUUACUACACCAAGCUUUAAUGCCUGUGUUAUUCUUUCAUUUAUUAGCCCGGCCGAAUUAGCCCAUUUCCACAUACUGAACCGCUACUUUUUUACCAAUGUAUCCGUUUUGCUCAUCAGGAUACCGGCAAAUUUGCGCUCUUUGAUCUAUUACUAUGGUAUCGCUAAUGGAGGUCAGGAAGAGUGGGAUUUUGCUUUUGAUCAAUUGCUGCAGACUUCAGUGGCCUCAGAGAGGAAGAAGCUCGUACAGGGAUUAGCUGGAUCCCCUGAGCCAUGGAUUCUAAGCAGGUAAUUAAACAAUUAUCAGUCUCUGAUACAUUUUCGGUAAAUGCAGUGGUUCUUUGUAGCACAAGGGAUAGGAAAGGGCAUUGGGAUUUUUGGUUUUGCGGUUUCGGCUAUUUUUUAGAUAGGUUUUUCGGUCUUUGUGCCAAAGAAGUUCGGUUUUUCGGUUUUGGUGUUCAUUGCGGUUUGCGCAUUUUCCGUUUUUUAGCAUUUGGUUUUCGGUUUUCGCGAAAAAUAUUGACGGGUUUCCGGAUUUGAUAGGGUUGGUUUAAGGUUAAGGUUUUAGGGUUAGGGUUAGGGUCCUAACCUCGAAUGACGCCCAAGACUUUGACCAUCCGUUGGGGUUCACGCGUCUUGAAUGACGAAUAUGGUGCAGCAAUAAGACAAAGGACAGUGCGACAAGAAACAACAAUGGCUAAGUACAGAACAUUGCUCUAGUUUCUUUAUCAUCGCCACCUCGAAGUUGGUGACCAAGUUACAAGCCACACGUAACUGAUUGAUUCAACAUUCCAAUAGAAUCUUCAAACUUUCAGGUCUUAGUUCGCAAAUGAAAAUGUUAGAUUAGGGAUUUUCGAUGGAACUUUCCAAAGCCAUGGCUUUUUGCGACUGCAAAAUUGCAAUCCUAUGGAGGACUUAAGUGCAAAUUUCCUUGAUUUAACUAGGCUCCAUUACCAGCUGCUAAGUCCCCAGAGACCACGCUUGAGGUCCUCGAGAGAGCAGCUAAAAUAAAGCCUAUAAUUUAAGCAGAUACUACAAGAUACGAAUGCCAAGUCCAUGGUAUGCACAAACACUGUAAUGAAAUAAGUGUAGUUAUGUUCCACUUGUCACCACCGUAUCGGAUCGAUCAGGGUUUAAUAACUGGGAUGUGAAAUGUAUCGGUUUUGACAGUUUUGCAUGCGGUUUUCGGUUUUGAUCAAAUUUUUUUUCUAUUUUUCGGUUUUGGAUGAUUUUUCUACGGUUUUGCAGUUUCUAAUAGGCCCCAAUGCCCCCCUCGGAUUGGAGUGGAGGUUCGCUUUUUUGUUACUUAUUGGUAAUACAGAGUACAGUGUGCAGUGAAACUAACCAUUCAAUUAUGUCAACCAUUUCUUCUGACUUGUCAUGUCCCAACAGUGGAAAUAACAAGAUCGCAGAGGUAAGAUGUCUUAUGAAUGAUGGUAUGCCUCGAUAUGCCACUGGAGACUAUUUUAAUUUGACAGCAGACCUCUCUGCUUGCAUAUCUUCCAAAUUCCUUGAUGUUUUUAGGUUUCUCCAAUUCUCGCUGGAUAAAACAAAGAUAAAAUCUUCUGAUGCACCACUCGUAAUCAAAAAAGUUGCUGAGACUAGCUCAGUGGGGCAGCAGAUAGCAUGGGAUUUCAUAUUAAACCACUGGAAAUUAUUAGAAAAACGGUUAGUUAUUCCAUGCUUCUAAAGACUUUAUCAUUGAUACCAUAUGUCUGAGAUUGCUCCUUAUUUUUAAUAUCACCAUAAUCUCUUUAUGAACAUGACGAAUAAAGUGAGUAAUUUUCUAAAGAAACCGUGUUGCUGUGUCGGUGGGGGAGUACAACAAACUAAUUUUGUUUUAUCAACGGAGUUGAUUAUGUUAAUUAGCCACCGCGAAGAGUUUCGAAGUUGACGUUUCGAGCGUUAACCCUUUCGUCAGAGCGAAAGAAACCAAAUUAUCCCUUUAUAGCGGCACGGGCUCUCCUCUUCAUUAAGUACAACCAUUUAAAUCAAUGAUAGUUUAUUAGAUUUCCCGUUAACAGAAUUUGAUCUGUUAAACCACUCAUUCGCAUCAUUUACACCAAAUGGACAGAGAACUAUUUAUUUAUGAACUAUAGGUAUAACUGCAAACACAGCGGAUUCGAUGCCGCCACCAGGAAUGACAUUUUAACGUGCAUUUCAUCUUUCAUGACUUAACAAGCAGUACGAAGAUACCUUGCGGUAGAGCGAUACCUUAGCGUAGUGUGCGGUUAAAACUGAAAGAAAUAUAACUAUAGACAAACGUUCCAGUAAAGAAAAGCCUAAUUCGCAAGCGGCACAUAACCUAAAUAGACAAUCGCCAAAAAAGUACGCUUACACUUGUCACGGCCCUGGUGAUGGCUACCUAGAAUGUAUUGUAUAAUGCAGUUGUGUUUCCGAGUCAACCAAAACGAACUGAAUAACGGUCCUGCCAAAACGACGAAAUUUUAAAAGUUGUUUUUAAAGAAGCUUAAAAAUAUGUUCUGCAGAUCCUGUUUGGAUCUUCUGUUUAUUUCGUAAUAAACUUAAAGUGACCGCUGUGCUGAUCCAGUGACAAUUGGUUCACUGAGAUGACUUCUAACGUUUUCGCCUUUGGCUUCUUUACUCAAAGGUAUGGUGAAUCCCUUUACAUCCUCAGGAACAUAUUAGAGUCGGUGACUAGUGGCUUCACAAAUGAAUUUCAGCUUCAGCAGGUGAGCUAGAUUGCGAAAAUUAAAGUAAGAAAGAAGAAAUUGUGCAUUAUAGUUUUUGUUUCUUGUGAACUUGUUUGUUAGUUCCGAGGUAUGGUAAAACUCAGAAGCUCAAACGUUGUAAUCUGAGCUCAUGAAAUGUAUCUUUAUCUGAGUAUUCCUUUGUUACCCGUAAAUGUCUCAUUUCGUGCCAUUCCUGUGUCACUGUAACACCUUUCUUCGAAUGAAAUUCCUGUGUAAUUUAUGCAUCUCUCAUCUAGUGCCGUCCCUGUGUUAUCCAUACAUCUCUGGCCAAGUUGCUCUUUAAUUAGUCGCUACUGAAGGAUUUCACAAGCGACUAACGCUUCAGUGCAAGUUUAAACAUUUGAACCUUUUUUCUUCUUCGUGUAGCUUCUAAAUUUUGUCAAAGGACGCGACGAUGGGUCGGGAUUGAGCGGCCAAUCUUUAUCACAAGUGGUCGAGAGGGUAAAGUCCAAUAUGGCAUGGAUCAAAAGAAACGAAAAAGAUAUAGAGAACUGGCUUAAGGUUUUCUUAUCUAAAACAGGAGAACAAACAAAACAGAGUUUUGACUUCAGCGACCCAGCUAAACGCUAA